UUAUUUACAGUACAGUAAACAAUAUUUAAAGACCACACGAGUUAUUUCCCAUGCAAUACGAAGGUUGAUUGCAACUAUACAUCACAUGACUUGUAAGCGUUGUUUUGAUUGGUUGAUAGCCAUAUAGUGUAGCGGUCUACCAACAUACAUGUAUAUUGUAUGUCACGCAUCUACAGUAGAUGUGAUAACAAGUCUGUAGACUUUUUCGUGAAAAGUUUUCGAAAUAGAAAAACUGCUAACUUUCUGUUGGAACUGAAAUACUGUUUCGAAUAAUGACUAAUAGUUUUUAGUGAUUCAAGGGAUUUUGAAAACAAAUUGGAAGGAAUAAAAAGAUAUUUUUGAGCGGUCAACAUAGGCGUUGAAAUAUGUCUGUUGGGGCUAUUGUUGGCGGAUGGACGUCGUGGAACAAGCUUCGCGGUAACGACGACGACGAUUGGGUAGAUCGUCUGAACCACAUUUAUACUGUCGUUAUUCUGAUCAUCUUUGGGCUGUUUGUCGGCAGCGGUCAAUAUGCCGGUGAUCCUAUACAGUGCUGGUGCCCAGCUCAUUUCACAGGGUCUUACGUGGCGUAUACGAAGUCCUACUGCUGGAUUAAAAAUACGUACUACCUACCAAUGCACGACACAAUCACACCCGACAACGAAAGCCACCACGAGCAAGAACUCACCUAUUACCAGUGGAUACCGCUUAUCCUGCUGUUUAUGGCGUUCCUGUUCAAAUUCCCAAGUUUUGUAUGGCGGAUGUUGGCGGGAAUGUCCGGCAUCAAUCUGAACAAAAUCGUCGAGAUGACUGCUUCAACUCAAGUCGGGGACCAUAAAAAGAGGGACCAGACAGUUGAACACAUUGCCAUGUAUCUAGACCGCUGGUUGGAGUCAAACCGACAGUACCAUUGGAAUGUGUUAGUGCGCAUGCGUCACCGAGCGUCCAAGUAUUUGUUCUUGUGUAAUAAGAGAGAAGGCACGUUUUUAACGGGACUUUAUCUUUUCGUCAAGCUCUUGUACGUUGUCAACGUUAUAUGUCACUUCUUCAUUUUGAAUUCUUUCCUUGGAGGGUUCUUUGAGAUGUGGGGUAUUGAAGCUAUAAACAGUCUGGCACAAGAAGCCGUUACUAAGGAGUCAAGACGGUUUCCAAGGGUAACACUGUGUGACUUCAAGAUUCGUCAACUGCAAAAUAUUCAGGAUUACACAGUUCAGUGUGUGCUGCCUAUCAACUUGUUCAACGAGAAGAUUUUCAUAUUCCUUUGGUUCUGGUUUGUCCUCGUUGCCAUAGUAACAUGUGCCAGCUUCCUUAUAUGGAUCUGGAGAACAAUCUUCCGCAGAAAUCGUGUCACUAUCAUCAAGAAAUAUCUUAAAAUCAGUGACAAUCUUCAACAUCCGGGAGAUAAGAAAUUGUGCAAGAAAUUUGCAGACCAGCAUUUACGAGAUGACGGUAUUUUCUUGUUGAGAAUUGUAGAAAAGAACUCAAACGACAUUCUCAUGGCGGACCUAGUGACCAAAAUGUGGGAGAUUUAUCAGAACAAGCCAAUGAUCAAAAAGGAGAAGGAAGGGGAGAUGAAUGGCGAAACAUACGCAUGAGCAUAAAGAUCUUCUGUGGCCACGUCCACAUUUUUAUACUACACAUAGUCGCAAGGAUAUCUUAUGGUUGCAUAAAAUGCAGUCAUUGAAUUCAUCUUCCUACGGUUGUGUUUCAUGGUUUUAGCUUGAACGGAGCUUUAAAUACUACUCAUUUAACCCAUAAUUCGUUUACGAGCAUCCUGAUUGGUUAAGAAUAUGGGACGCUCAGUUUCCAUUGGUAUAAAAGUUUAAGAGCUCCAUUCUGAUUGGCUUAUUGUAUAAUUUGCAUAGUCGCGUUAACAUAAGCUUCAAUUCUCAUUGGUUUAGAGUUUGAACGCACUUUGGUUUAGAGAGGUCAGUCAUUUGCUUGAAAGAAGGACAUUUACACUAGUCCUCAAGUCAUUAUUUUGUUCAUUGUUAAUCAUAUUGAAAGCAUUUAGUCCACUUCAUCAUUUUGAUUUGUAAAUUUAGUAUUUUUUGUGGUUAGAGUACUGUUGUGUUAAAUAAGUACAGUUUCUUACUUCUAAUGGUAUUUGGGAAAAAUUGUAGAAAAAAUAAGUCUCACUUUGAUUCCCAUACUACAAGAAAAUAUGAAACUCAUCACUGAAAAAAAUAAUGUCAUGCUGUAAAUUUCAGUUCAGGGUUGUAAGACCAUUUUUCCUAACUGCAUUUACCUUGGUAUUCUGGGUCCUGUUGUCUGAAGUUUAAACAGGUGAUUUAGCUAAGAGUUGAUCGACUUUUAGGGUUAUAUUUCGACAUUUUCGAAGACUGAAGGAUUUUGAACGCUAAAAUGUCAUUACAGUUAAAUCAAAAUUUCCCACCAAGAAUCAGAAGUGAAACAGCAGUUUAACAGCUGGUUAAAGUUUGGAACAACUGGGCUCUGUUCAACUAUCAGACCAAACCUUUAAAUUUGAAUUAUGUUUUCGAAUGCCUUCUCUUAUUUUUGUUUCAAAAUGAUCAAAGAAAUACAUUCCGUUUUAUAUAUAAGGAACAUAUCUUUCCAUAUCAAGAAUAUAAUCUUUGCCAAAGAAAUUUGCAGUAUUUAGUGGACCAAUAAUCAAUGUAAUAACAAAAUAAAUAAGUCAAAGCAGAGAUCUGUCAAUAGUAUGUCUUUCAAAUGUAAAUAAAAUCUGGUUAAGAAUUCAGAUAUAUUACUUGCAUUUGUGAUAAGCAUUUUUUUCCAAAGGGCCAGUAUUAAUUGUUAAUUUUCCAGAUUAUUUUCCCAAUUAAUCUGUCGGUUUUUCCCCAAUUAAUCUGUCAAGUUUUAUUUUGCCUCUUAAAAUUUACCAUAUUUAUCUGAGUAUUCUGCGUACCUGCAUAAAAGGCGCACUUUCUACUUAGUAAAAUAGUUCAGUAGCACUGCCUUGUAGUUUCUGUAAAUAUAAGAUGGAAUCUUUUGAAAGCAUUGUUCAGUCAAAUCUACAAUGUGUUCUAAAUACUGUGAGGCAUUAUAUAAGCAUUUAUUUGAUGAUAAUGUUUUUUAAGAGGACAGAGUAAGUAUGUAAAAGAACAGGCACUAAAAACAUGUGUUUGUCAGUUGAACUACUUUUUUCAUGUCUGAGAAAAGCCUUCAGAUAUUGAAAGCGGCUCUUCAGCAUACGUUGCUAAAAAAAAAAACAACUUCCAAACAUAGAUAUUUUUGUUGAAAGUUUAAGGUCAAAUAUUUUAAAAUGUUGAGUUUUCUCAUCUAAGUCAUUUUGUCACAUUGGGCAUUCAUAAAGGCUUGUGUUUACAUAUCUGUUUAUAGCUAGAUAAUAAAUUAUCUAAAUUUCACUUUCAUCAUGCAUUUAAAAUAAUUUAUUUGCAUAUGCUUGCCAAAUUUAUAAGAAUUUACAGAUCAUGUAUGCUGGUGCUCAUCAUGACAUUGUGUAAAUGGUCUUGUAAAAAGAAUGUUUGAAUAUUUACUCUGCUCUUUCAGUCCAAUAUCUGACACAGAGUUACUUCCCCUGUCAGUACAGUCAUUCCUGGGUAGAGGGUGCUUUCAGGCCAAAUAUCUUAAUACAAUAAAUUUGUACAUGGUCACCAACUUAGGGGUUAUUUGGAGAUAAUUCACUUUGGUUAUGGAAAAAAAAAACUGUUUACAGAUUUUGUUGCUUUCUGCACGUGAAAAUAAUAUACUAGUAUAGGCCAUAAACAUGGUACUGUUAUUAUUACUUAAGUAUCAAGUAAUGUGGUUGUUUGGAUAAAUAACUAUUUAGGCCAGUUGUUUAUAUAUCUGAUCUUGAUAUUUAAUUGAAAUAAUUUUGUGUCUAGAAUAUAUACUAUGUACAAGUAUGUAUGUUCUUAUUUCAGCCUAGUUCAGUCAAGUACUGAACACAAAAUGCAUGUGACAUCAGCCAACUGUGUGAAAGAACUCAUUAAUACUUUAAAUGUGCCACGCCAUGAGAAAACCAACAUAGUGGCUUUGCGACCAGCAUGGAUCCAGACCAGCCUGCUCAUCCGCGCAGUCUGGUCAGGAUCCAUGCUGUUCGCUUUCAAAGCCUAUUGCAAUUAGAGAAACCGUUAGCGAACAGUAUGGAUCCUGAUCUGCACAGUCUGGUCUGGAUCCAUGCUGUUCGCAAAGCCACUAUGUGGGUUUUCUCAUGGCGCAGCUCAAAUAUAUAAACUGAUCAAACUACAAAUUAUUUUGUAAAGGAAUGUCAUUUUUUUCAUAUAUUCUGUUUCGAAAUUCAUUGUAAAUGAUAAGUAAUUGAUGUACAGGGUGUGUUCAAAAUUAUUGUAUGGUGCUCUUUUAUGGAUAAAACAUUGCCAUAGUUAUCCAAACAAAAGAUACAGAACUUUCCAUAUUGUCCAUCAUUCCAUUUCACAUAGUGCCAUGAACAUUUCAUUUUACGGUUGCUUUUUACAGGGGCAUGCAUCCACCUUUCUGUCAUUUUUUUUUUCUUUUCCUUCAUUUUCAAUGAUUUAAGGGUACUUUAUUUUUUGUAACUGCAUGUGAUUGAAAAUAAAGAAACUAAAAACAAAGGGAUUUGAUGAGUUCCAAAUUUUAGAUACUCUGCAUUCUGUAACUUAGUCUGUACAAUAUGUAGAAAAUUAUCUACUCUGUUAGUUACGCAGUAAACUUAGAUGUAAAAAAAAUAAAUAGACUUAGAAACUAGCUGUUUUUUAUAGCAAUUUUUUGUAAUUCUCAUAAAAUUUAAUCACAAAUAAUACUGAUUUAUGAUUUUUGACAUAUUACAGAUGUUGCUGUGAUAUGCAGCUGCUUAAAAUAAGCAAUAAAAGUUUCUAUCAAUGCUGAUUUUUGAAACUGUUUCUCAUUUUAAAAGAGAUUUUCACAAUGUCAGUAUUUUACACAUUUUAUACAAAUUGCUGUAACACUCGAGAUGAUUGUUUAUGUCUCUUGGGCAUUCCUUUGAUUUUAUCCUCUGGGAAGUCAUAAGACAUUCAUAUGAUUGUUUCCAGUAGGAAGUCAUUUGAUUGUCUCCCUUGGAUAUUCAUUUGAUUUUAUCCCAUAGGAAGUCAUUUGAUUGUCUCCCUUGGACACUCAUUUGAUUUUAUCCCAUAGGAAGUCAUUUGAUUGUCUCCCUUGGACACUCAUUUGAUUUUAUCCCAUAGGAAGUCAUUUGAUUGUCUCCCUUGGACAUUAAUUUGAUUUUAUCCCAUAGGAAGUCAUUUGAUUGUUUCCCAUAGGAAGUCAUUUGAUUGUCUCCCUUGGACAUUCAUUUGAUUGUCUCCCAUGGGCCAUCAUUUUUUAAUUGAGGUGAUGUAGUUUCUCUUUUGUUUUAGUCAUUUUAUUGUUCAUUUUAUUGUUCAUUUACCUUUUUGUUACAGAGCCCUUUCUCAUAUCCUAGUCACGUGCCUGUGCGUGCAAAUUCAUUUUCUCACGUGCGCUAAAAGGGCACUGAGAUUCAAAGGCUCGGUUUUACUUUUUUGGCAUUUUAUGUUUCCGCUUUAUGUAAGUAGAAGUAAAUUUUUAAUUUUCUUUUGCAUUUUAUUAUCGAAAGUAAUUUUAUUGGAAAUUAUGAAAAAUUUUCCGCAUAGAUAUACUGCCAGAUACGAUGUAAUAUGUUAUUACUUCAUACAUGUAUAUACAGAGCGUAUUUUGGGACACUUGCUUCUGCUUUGUUUCAUACGGCAUUAUGAACAAAUUUGUCUUAAAUCAUUUUAUUCGUAUGUACCCAUCGUGUAAAUACUAUCAUGUCAUUAUAUAUCUUUGUUGUGUCUUUUUACCGUCAUUGUUGAGCUGUUGAGCAGUCAGAUUUACGAAGGUUUUGGGUAUAUAAACACUUAAAUACUUCCGUACAGCACUUAAACUUCGCAGGGGAUUAAUUGUUCACUCUUGUAGACUUGAACGAUAUGCAACUCUAUAUUGGAAUUGCGUAAACAGAGACACUGCCGAAAAUGAAAAGCAAGACAUAGUGUUUUCGUGCUAUUAAUUGUCUACUACCGUAAUUUAAAUGUAUAAAUAUCUGAGCUCAAACAUGCAUAUCAUAAUUCUCAUGGUCAGUUUUAACAAAUGAUUGGUCUAUAAAAGCGGAAGUUCAAAAUCAGAGCAGUUUUAUGGGAUUUUUAGGUUUAAGUGCAAAAAAUAAAAGUCUUGUGGAAGAAAGAUGCUGUACGGUUCAUGUAAGUCUGUAUGUGAACGUAUAAUAGACUAUAUCGCCAGAUGUAUUCGGAAUAUUGAAUAUUGAUGUGUAAAGCUAUUACUUGAAAACAAAAUAUUGUUUCGUUUUCUUUUUCUAAAUUGAAGGCUAGAAAGUAGUUUGAAUUCACGUCACAUAAACUGCGAUUUAUCGACACCGUUUCAGCUGUAUUAAUUAAAUCUUUUCUA